AUUGGAGUCCAUGCUCCUUCACAUUCACACAAGCCCCCACCACACCAUGUUGACCAGCCAGUGAAAAAGUAGAUGGGUUUAUGUGCAUCCUCAUCCAUUUCUUUAUUCCUUUCCACCUUUACUUUCAGCAACCCCCAAGUACCCACCCCUCCAUCUCAUUCUCAUUCUCAUUCUCCAACUGAAAGAUUAGGUUUCUUAUUCUACAUGGAUUCACCCUCCGAAUCUAAUGGCGACGAGCCUUCCCAAUCCAAACAAACAUCUCGAUCAGAAACCAAUGUUAAUCGUCACAAUCAUCGAACAUCUUCCGGUGUGGUAUCUUCGAAUUUCAUAGGGAAGCAUCGAUUGGCUGCCAUUAUUUCUCAACAGAAUCAACAAAUCCAGAUCAUUCAGGAAGAGCUGGAUCAAUUGGAAACGCUUGGUGAAGCGUCGCUUGUCUGUGAACAGCUGAUAUCGAGUGUCGAAUCAAGUACAGAUGCUCUGCUUCCUGUGACGAGAGGGCCGGCAGAUGGUGGAUGGGAUAGAUGGUUUCAAAGAGCAAAUCAUUCUUCUCGAAAUCGCAAACGUUGGAUCUGAUAUGAAUACGAUACUAUCAUCGUAUAUCACUUUUUGCCCUUUUCGUUUUCCACUUUUUUUUCUAAUUUUGUAAAUCUUUCUUCCAAAGUUUGAAUAGCUCAAUUCAAAACAAUCAUAUUGUUUUGGAUUUGGUGACAAUUCAAAUGACGGAAACAGAUAUUGUUUGGACGUUAUC